AUGAGGGAGGAAGGGCUGCGGACGAUGGCGGAGGACGCGCCGGGCACCAGCGGCCGGCGGCGGCUGACGCGCGUCCGCACGCUCGGCCGGGGCGCGUCCGGCGCCGUCGUGUCGCUCUUCGCGGCCGGCGACGGCGACGAGCUGCUCGCGGUCAAGUCGGCCGGAGCCGCCGACGCGCAGGCGCUGCUGCGGCGGGAGGGCGGCAUCCUGGCCUCCCUCUGCUCGCCCUACGUGCUCCCCUGCCUCGGCUCCCGCGCCGCGGCCGGCGGGGAGUACCAGCUCUUCCUCGAGUUCGCGCCCGGCGGCUCGCUCGCCGACGAGGUCGAGCGCAACGGCGGCUGCCUCGAGGAAGGCGCCGUCCGCGCCUACGCGGCCGACGUGGCCAGGGGCCUCGCGUACCUCCACGGGGAGUCCAUGGUCCACGGCGACGUCAAGGGCCGGAACGUGGUCAUCGGCGCCGACGGCUGGGCCAAGCUCGCGGACUUCGGGUGCGCCCGGAGCGUGGGCUCGGCGGGGCCGAUUGGGGGCACGCCGGCGUUCAUGGCGCCUGAGGUGGUGCGAGGGGAGGAGCAGGGCCCGGCCGCCGACGUCUGGGCCCUGGGCUGCACCGUCAUCGAGAUGGCCACCGGCCGCGCCCCCUGGAGCCACAUGGACGACGUGGUCGCGGCGGUGCGCCUCAUCGGGUACACGGACGCCGUGCCGGAGGCGCCCGAGCGCCUGUCGUCGGAGGCCAAGGACUUCCUUGACAAGUGCCUCAGGCGGUGCGCCGGCGAGCGGUGGACCGCGGAGCAGCUGCUGGAGCACCCGUUCUUGGCGUUCGCCGGCUGUGGCGCCGACGUCGAGUCGGCUGAGCUGAAGGGCAAGUGGGUCUCCCCCAAGAGCACAUUGGACGCUGCAAUGUGGGAAUCUGACGCCGACGAGGAUGAGAACGUGCCCGAUGAUGACACGGCCGAGAGGAUGAAGGCAUUGGCGGCCUUCUGCUCGGUCUUGCCGGACUGGGAGUCCGACGACGGCUGGAUCGAUGUAUUGAGCUGCCAAUCUGAGACGCCGGCCGAGCAGUCCUGCAGUGAAGCUCCCGAUUCGCCGGCGGCCGCGCCGGCUGAGGAGGCCAAUGUAUAUAUUUGGGAUGAUGAAAGAGUAGAAGCAGAAUCAGGAGUAGAAGAAGCUGGAGUCGUUGGUGCUGCCGUGCCGGUGGCCGCGGCGCCGCCUGAAGAGACGGCGUACGAUUACGACGAAGGCUUCCGGGACGAAGAAUCGUCGUUACUGCUGGAAGCAGAGUUUGACGCCGAGGCUUUCGACGUCGGCGGCGAGCUCGUUGUGCAUAAUGUAGGAGUAGCCGAUGAAGCUUUAGUGAAUCAGCAGCAGGAAGAUGUACAUUCGUCGGAUUCGAUCGCUAGCGAUCCGGCUGUAGUUAGUGUUGAUAGCGGUGAAAAAGAAAUACUGCCAGUAAAGUCGUUGAAGAUGCCAAAUUUGCUCUAUUUCUCGCUUCGUUUUCCUCUGUUACUUUCGCAUUUUUACACCAUGUCAGAUCAGAUCACAACGUGCACCACAAGAUCACCUGGGCUAUCACGGCGUUGA